GUUCCGUUGGAGUGAUUUGCUAUGCAUCUUGUUGCUAAGCCCAAACUCCGGCCUGUGAUUUGGCCGUCACCUCGUUACUCGUAUAUUCCGCUGCUGCUUAUCAGAUCCGCACCAGACCUACUCACUACAGUUCCGCCAACUCCCUCCAUCCGUUACCCGAUUACCUUUUCCGUCAUUCUCCGCGCCUCACCAUGCCAUACCAUGCCACGCUUUGGCUGAGGUGAGGCCUGACUGCGAGAGACACCAUCGUCCUCAUCUUUCGCCUUGGUCUCAUUCCGUCCAGUGGAAGCUCUGUCAGUUCCGUCAGACGUUGUCCAUUUUCUGCAAACGCCAGAACGACUGCAUGUCAUCAUCCUGUACCAACCCAAACCUCAUCCUCAGCCUUUGACGUCGUCGUCAUGGACAAGCAAGACAAAGCACACCUACAACACUGGCACUUUAGCUCCGCAGGACCACAUCAUCCAACCUCAGUCAGCUCCAGCCAAGACGGGAUGCGGUGCGCCCCGUUCUUUUCCCGCAUCACCCUUCUCCGACCACUUCCCUCAAGCUUCGGACUCCAUCUUUGCGUUUGUUUGAUGUUGAUAACUGCUGCUGAUGUUGUCAACCAUCCUGGCUCUGGACGCCAAAGCACUGUGUUCCGCCGUCUUCCUCACUGUGACCGUGCACUUUUACAACAUGCGCUGCAAAUCUCACUGCCAGGGGAUGCUCGUCCACCUCUCAAGCCUUGACCUUCUAGAACUCUUCC